CUUAUCAUAACAUAACCUGUAGAUUGAAUUAUUUAUAAAUAUUUUUACCUAUCAUCCACAUCUAUAAUUUAUUAAUUAAAAAUAGAAUAUUUUAAAACAAUGUUUGUAAUAAAAAAAUGAAAAGAAUAUUAGUGUAUUUAACAAUUAGCAGUCUUCUACUUUCUUCUGAAUCAUUAAUUUUGACUGCAUCUAAUAAGACCAACGAACAACAGGAAUAUCGUCCAGAAGGUCCAUUAGUUAAAUGCAAAUUUCUGCCAAUUGAUUUUAUUGAAUGUGAAGAGCCUUUUGAUCACAAAGGAAAUAAAACCGCUAAAGAUGAAGCUGGAUUUGGAUGUGUUAAAUUUGGUGGUGCUCGAUAUGAAGACGUAGAGAAAGCUAAAGUCACCUGCAUCGUUUUGCCAGAUAUCGAGUGUUAUGGUCCUAGAACAUUUUUCCGUGAUGGUGUACCUUGUAUUAAAUAUAGCGGGCAUUACUUUACAUUAACGUUAUUGUACAGUAUAUUAUUAGGAUUUUUGGGUAUGGACCGAUUUUGUCUUGGACAAACAGGCACUGCCGUAGGGAAAUUAUUAACUUUAGGAGGUCUAGGAGUUUGGUGGAUUGUUGAUAUUAUUCUACUUGUAACAAAUUCUUUACAACCAGAAGAUGGUAGUAAUUGGAAUCCAUAUGUUUAGUAUUAAAUGAAAACUCAAUGUGAUCUUUCUUAACUUUAUGGAUUAAAAAAAUUUUUUAAUUCUUAAAAAUAAACAAAUUUUACAAGUCU